AUGUGUAAGAAUAAAAAUGGGUUAAAUUGCUCCACAAGUACAGAAUCGAACAUUAAAGGAGAUAAAGAAAACGAAAAAAGCGGAAGUUCAGAAGAAGAAGAUGGAAGUGAUCUUGAUGAAGACAUCUACAUAGAUAGUGACGAAGAAGAUUAUCCAAAUUCUGAAGUAUCUGAAAUACUUCGUCAUAGUUCUUUAAUAACGAACAAUUACAUGCUGGUUAUUCGUGCUGAAUGGCUGAAAAUUCCGGAGAAGAAAAGGAAGGAAGCCUACUUCAGAUUAAAAAAAAUGAUUGAUGAAAAGAAAGAAGGUCGCUAA